AUGUUUAAGAAAAGCUUUCGAGUGAAGACCCAUACAACCUUGAAAGGGUCGGACAGAAAGAAAAUCAAAGCUGACAUCCUGAAAGUUUUCAAUUCCCUUGAUGAUGAAUCCCUAAAUGAAGUCCUACCUAACAAAGGAGAUGUCACAGUGAUGAAGAUCUCCACAAACAGUGGAGAAAAUGCUUUGGUUUAUUUCUUUCAAAAAAAUCCAAUGUUUUUUGAACUUGAUAAAACAAUCUUUCCUACAGUUUACCUCUUGUGGAAACAUCCUCAAAUUAUGUUGUCUUUUACAACAUGGCCUGCUGUAUUUACAAAGUUAACUGCUGGUGCUGAUUUAAUGCUUCCUGGAUUAGUAAUUGAUGAAGAAGUUCGGCCAUGGACAUUCAAGCAUAUCAAGAAGGGAGAUUCUUGUUCAGUCAACCUUCAUGGAAAUCUGGCACCUGUGGCUGUUGGCCGGAUGCUUAUGUCUGGAAGAGAUAUGUAUGAUAGUAAUAUGAAAGGCAAGGGAAUUGGUAUUAUACACCAUUUUGGAGAUGAAUUAUGGGCUGCUGGAGAUAAAUCACAACCUCCACAUAUACCUCAAGAAGUGUCUAGUUGUGACUCUUCUGAUUCUGAAGAGACAAGCUGCAUAGCCAAAGGAAAUGAUAACUCGCAAACAGAAGAGGAUGCUGAUGUUUCAGAGUUGAAUCAUUUGAACAUCACAGAAACCACUGAGAGCCUCAGUCCUUGUCAAGUAGAACAAAAAGAGGAGGAGCAGGGAGAAGAGGAAGAUGAUGUUGAUGAUGAUGAGCAGGCCAGUGCCCAAGAGGAAAUGGAUGAAUUGUUAUUGCAUUGUUUCCUUUGUGCUCUGAAAAGCAGGUUGAAGGAUAAAGACCUUCCAAUCCCAACAGUUAACUUCUAUCGGAACCACAUGAAAGCAUUUUGUUCUCCUGGAAAAACAUUGGAAAUAAAGAAAUCUUCCUACAAAAAAUUUUCCAAAUUCCUGCAAACAAUGGAGGAACAGAACUUCAUAAGAGUGACAGAGAAAAGUAAAGGUGUUGAUGUCAUUGAUUGGUUUGAUAAAACACAUCCAGAUCUCAAGGAAUUAGUUGUGCCUGAUGUGGAUCAAAAUGAAAAUAACCCAAAGACUUCAAAUACCCCAUACAAAGUGCCAACCAUUGUAGAAAUGCGAACAGUAAAAGCACCAGUGUUGCCAGUUUUCAAGGAACUUGGUUAUGAGAAAGGAAGUGCCAUUCCAGUUAAUGAAGUCAGAAACGUUGUUGUAGAAUAUGUGAAGAAAAAACACUUACAAAGAGAAUCUAAUAAAGCUGAAGUACAGUUGGAUCCAGUCUUAGCAAGUGUGGUUUUGCGUCCUGGUGAAAAUAAACCUUUUUUGGAAUGGAAAGAUCUUGUCUCCCGAUUGACUGCCAAGAUGGAAGUAGCCCAUGAACUGAGGGUUAGUGGACAGGCUCCAAUUUUGAGAAAAGGCCAAAUUAAAAAUAUUUCCAUUGAAGUGCAAAAGAGAAUGAAUAAUAAAAGGGCAACUAUUGUGUAUAACUUGGAGUCAUUUGGAAUUGUUCCAGAAAACUUUGCCCAUGAAGUCAGUGUCGGUGUGGCCUGCAGUACAAGUGUCACUCAGGCUGACAACAAAACAUUGGGGAAACAAGUCAUGAUACAAGGAAAUCAAGUACAUUUUGUAGGACAACUUUUAUUAGGUAAAUAUGGUCUUCCGCGGAGAUUUGUAAAGGGUCUUGAACUUGCACCUAAGAAAGGCAAACGCAAGUAA